CCACACUCCAGUACAUUAGAUGGCGCUGUGGCGCCAAGGCGACACCGCCAGAACUGCACUUUGACGUCACAUCCGGAAAAUCAGAGUACACAAACACGGGUGGCCCGGAAAAAGCGACACUCGUCUGUCAUGGCAGAGUCUCCAGACCCGAACAGCCUCUUCUCCUCUUCUUCACAGCUCCACCUGAUGGAGGAGGAGGCGAUUGAUGAUAAGGAGUUUGACAUUCCCCAGGUGGACACGCCCCCCACGCUGGAGAGUAUCCUCAGUCAGGUGGAGGAGGGCGAGGAGGCUUUUAUUUUGGAGGACACCAUGAACACAGACAACAUGGACGCCCACUCCUAUGACACCUCCUCCCUCGCCAGCUCCGACAGCGGAGACCCAGCCCACCCCAAACGGAGGAAGAGGGCUCAGGAUGCCAGUGUGGCGGCCAGCGGCUCCGUCCUCCGUCUCAGCCUCCUGAAGGGCAUCUCUGCUCAGAUUGUGGCCGCCGCUGACAAAGUGGACGCCGGCCUGCCGACUGCCGUGACCAUGAACAGCCUGAUUGCUGUAGGGACAUCUCAUGGACUGGCGUUUGUCUUCGAUACCAACCAGGCUCUGCGCUUGUGUCUGGGCUCCAAGGCGACCGGAGCUGAGUUUGGAGCCGUCUCUGCUCUCAGCAUCAACCACAACUGCUCCCGCCUCCUCUGUGGGUUCGCUAAAGGACAGAUUACCAUGUGGGAUCUGGCCAAUGGGAAGCUUCUAAGGACCAUCACUGAUGCUCAUCCUCCAGGAACGGCCAUACUUCACAUUAAGUUCACCGAUGACCCGACUCUGGCCGUCUGCAACGACAGUGGAGGAUCUGUGUUUGAACUGGCCUUCAGGAGGUUGAUGGGGAUGCGCUCAUGUGACUCCAGAUGCCUCUUCAGCGGCUCUAAAGGAGAAGUGUGCUGCAUUGAACCUCUGCGCUCUCCUCCAGAUUACAGGGAACAUCCCAUCACACAGUAUUCUCUGCUGGCAAUGGCCUCGCUCACCAAGAUUCUGGUGAUCGGACUGAAACCCACACUAAACGUUUGGAUGACUUUUCCUUACAACAAGUCAGAUCCGUCCAACGUUCCCCAGCUGGCCUGGCACUUCGUUUCCGUCCAGAAGAUGGUCAACCCAAUCCUGGCUUUCUGUAAAGGAGACACUGUCCAUUUCCUCCUGGUAAAGAAGGAAGAGAUGGGGACGAUCCAUGUGAUAAAACAGCGUCAGCUGCACCUGAGCUGUGAUAUUAUCAGCCUAAAUUGGAUCAACAGUCGCACGCUGGUUCUGGUGGACAGCCAAGAAAAGCUUCACGUUGUAGACAGACCCACUCAGGAGGUUCUGGAGACGCUGGACCUGGAGCAGGUGCAGCUGGUCUACAACAGCCGGCAUUUCAAGUCAUUGGCCACCGGAGGGAAUGUCUCACAAGCUCUGGCUCUGGUUGGGGAGAAGGCCUGCUACCAGUCUGUUUCAAGCUAUGCAGGACAGAUCCUGUGUUUGGGCACUAAGUCAGCUCACAUCAUGACUCUGAGGAACUGGAACGAGCGCAUCGACCUGCUGCUGAAACAAGAACAUUUUGUGGAGGCGUUGGGCCUGGCGUGGUCAUUCCACGAAGGAACCGCCAAGGCCGUGGUCGGCCUCCAUGGAGAUCCAGCCAAAAGGAAGGCCGUGGUCAGCGACAAAAUGGUGGAGAUGCUGCUUCAGUUUUCGGAGCACGCCCUGAAAAAGUGUCCAGAACAAGGAAAGGCCCAAAGCACCGAGCAGAACUUCCAGGAGGUUGUUCCAGUGCUGCUGGAGUACUCUCUGCUGCUGCACAGGCUGGACCUGCUGUUUGACGAGCUGUACCCCCGGCUGGCAGUGAGCCCGGUCGCCAAAGCCAUCUUUCUGGAAUCACUUGAGUCACACAUCGUCAGCACCCGCCUCGAUCACCUCCCCACUCCCGUCAUAAAGGACCUCCUCUCCCACUACCACACCAACGGGAUGAUGGACAGCCUGGAGAGAUGCAUCGUCCACCUGGAUGUGACCAGCCUGGACAUUCAGCAGGUGGUCCAAGUGUGCUGGACGAACCGUCUCUACGACGCCGUGAUCUACAUCUACAACCGUGGAAUGAAUGACUUCAUCACUCCGAUGGAGAAACUGUUUGCAGCCAUUGAACCUGCAGUGAGGGGAGGGAGGAGCCUGACAGAUGAAGACGUGGUAAUGGGGAACAAACUGCUCGUCUACAUCAGCUGUUGUCUUGCAGGAAGAGCAUAUCCGCUUGGAGACAUCCCCGCUGACCUUGUGGUUCAGGUUAAAAACCAGGUCUUUGAUUUUCUGAUCCGUCUUCAUUCUAACGACUCAUCGGAGGAGGAGGAUGUUUUCCCUUUUAUUCGGACACUCCUCCACUUUGACACUCGGGAGUUUCUCAACGUGCUUUCCAUGACAUUUGAAGACUUCAAGAAUGACAAGCAGGCUCUGGAGUACCAGCAGAGGAUAGUAGAUAUCUUACUUCAGGUGAUGGUGGACAACAAGGACUUUACCCCGUCCCAGGUGGGCGGGCUCUUCACCUUUCUGGCGCGUCAGCUGGUCAAGCCAGACAACACGCUCUUCGUGAACAGGAAGCUCUUUGACCAGGUGCUGGAGUUCCUGUGUUGUCCAGACAAUGAAUGUCGGCAGGCGGAACGGCAGCAGGUUCUGCUGGACCUGCUGCAGGUGGAGGGCGUGGUCCAGUUCAAUGAAGACCGCCUCCUCGUUCUGGCAGAGAAGGCUCAGUUCUACCAAAUCUGUGAGUUCCUUUUUGAGAAAAAACAUCUGUAUGAUCGGAUCAUCGACUGCUACCUGAAAGACCCGGUCCGACAGUGUGAGAUCUUCAGCUACAUCCACAACCUGCUGUCCAUGCCCGGAUACAGCUCCGAGGAGAAGCAGAGAGUCCGGAGCAAAGUGCUGCAGCACGUACAGGAGCUGGUGAGUCUGGACCCCACGAAGUCCGCUGACCUGGUGUCGUGUCACUUCUCUGACUCUGUGAGCUCCAUCGUCUCAGAACUUCAGGAUCAGCAGCUGCUCUUCAGCUUCCUCAGGUGUCUGCUGGAGCCACGGGAGGGGCCGGGGCCCGCUCUGUGUCCCGAUCAGGACCUCCAUGAACUCCUGCUGGAUUUGAUGUGCCAGUUUGACCCCCAGCAGCUGCUGGCCUUCCUGCACACGUCUCAGCACUACAGACUGGAGGAAGCCAUAUUGAUAACAGAAAAGCACGGCUGCGUUGAAGCGCGAGCAUCCCUGCUGGAGAAGAAAGGUGACGUUCAUGGAGCGUUUGCUGGCCUACUGCAGAUGCUGAAGGACAGGUUGCACCACUUUGCUUCAGAGAGUCUCGCAGAGACGAGCAACAGUCCGGAGCAUUGUGAGUCUCUGAGGAGAGUCCAGGAGAGCCUGGAUGUCGUCCUCGCCUUCAGUCAUCGGAACUGUUCCAGCCUGGACCAGGAGCAGAGGAAGACUCUGUGGUUUCCGAUUCUGGAUGCUUUGAUGGCUUCUCAGAAGGAAGUGAAGAGGCCCACAACAUCUUUUGAGGGUUUGAAGGAGAUGACGCUGACGGUCCUGAACUGCAUGAGCAGCUUCAUUUCUCUGCCAGCCAUCAUCCAGCAGAUCCUGCAGGAUCCGGUCUAUGGAAGAGGAAAGCUGUCCGAGAUUCAAGGACUCAUCCUGGGAAUGCUGGAUACCUUUAACUACGAGCAGACUCUACUUGAAACGACCACCAACCUGCUCAACUAUGACCUGCACUGGUCUCUGGCUCACCUGCGCGCCGCCGUCACACGCGGACUCCACCCACUUCAAGACCACUGCAACAUCUGCCUGCAGCACUACAAGAGGAGGCCAGACUCCGGGGAGGAGGUCGUCGUGUUCAGCUGUGGACAUCUGUAUCACCGGUGGUGUCUGCAGCAGAAGGACUGUGGUUCCAGCUCGGCUUCAGAGCUGCAGCAGUGGAGGUGCUACAAGUGUUCCUCCAGCCACAUGCAGAAGAGAGGUCCUCCAGGAAGACCCAACCGCAUCCGCAGCACCUCUCUGGCUCAGACUCAUGUUGCAUCCGGCCAUCACGACGCAGCAGCAGCAACGCACAAGAAAAAGGUUCUGGCUGCAGCCGUGUUGGACCUCCAGCAGGAGCAGUCCUGGGAUCUGACCCGCUGUCUGUUCAGAGGACCGUCCAGGCUGACCAUCCUCGCUGAGCCCCCCCACGGAGACGCCUCAGAGAAGACGGCCCUUCACCCCCCAGGCCAAGAAGGCAGCGAGACUUUCUUCCUUAAGCUGGCCCCCCCACCUCUGUUUGAGGACUAGAAGCUGGUGAUCCAUAGAAAGAGGAUCUCCUCACGUCUGUGUGUCAACUCUGAUGUUUUUUAUGUUCGUCUGGAUUUACCUCAUUUUAUUUAACAGAAGCUGAAGUCUUUUAAUCUCAUUCCAGGAUUUUUAAGGUGUUUCUCUAGAUUAUGAAAGACUCAGGAUUAAUGACGACUCUGCUAUUAAACCUGAGCUGCUCCUC